GCGUCCCACGUCCGUCAAAUUUCCGGGGACGGGGUCGCCCCGGAUCUCACUGGAAUAUUCUCGUCGGGGACGUCUUCGCCCCAUUUUACCAAACGCUGCUCGUCCCGGGGCCAUCCCAUCCCGUCCCACUUCGUCCCAGCAACCAAACACAGCACACAGCAGGGAUCGAGCACGGCUCCUGAGACCCAGCUCAGGCUCGCAGCUCGACAGCGGCCUAAGCUCGCCCGCGCCUCCCCGUUGUCCGCCCUAACCCCCGCCGUCGUUGCGUCAUCUCCGGCCGCUCCCCCGCUCCCACCUCCAUGGCGUCGAAGCAGGCGGUGGCGAGCGAAGCCCUUGCGGCCCAAAUCUACGGCAUGUCUCGCUCCGAGAUGUACGACAUGAUGUCCAAGAUGAAGACCAUGAUCGACCACGACCAGGAGACGGUGCGCCGCAUGCUCGUCAACAACCCGGAUGUCACCCGAGCGCUCUUUCGGGCGCAAGUGGUCCUUGGAAUGGUGAAAACACCAAAAACUGCACAAUCUUCAGACAUGGUCCCACCCACAGCAGUGGCAACAGCACCUCCCUCAGUCAAAACUACUGCACCAGAUCAUGUCAGCUUGCCUCCGCCCCCAUUACCUGCUAACCAGCAGAGUGUUGCUCAACUUUCUGCCCCGUUUCCAUCUGGCUUGUCUAAUGUGGGAACGACCAUGGACAUUCCUACUAUUUCAGCAAACCCACCACAACCAAUACAAGCAAAAGGCUACCCUAUCCAUCAGAUGCCUUCAUCAGCUCCUCAGCCAUCUCAACAUCCAAACAUGGCCCUGCCUCAUGCUCCUCCACAGUAUUCCAAUCUUCCAUCACAUAUACCUAUAGUUCAUAGUCAGCCACAGCAACCUUUGCAAAGUCCUGCAAUAUAUAAUCAACAGUUGCAACCACCUUUGCCCCAAAUGUCUAGGCCACUAUCUAUGCAGCCCUUUUCUCAUCAGAUGCAUCCACAAGUACCAAAUUCUUUUGGGUUGACUCAUGCAAAUGCUCCGCAGCACAUGUUACAACAACCGAUGUUUCAUCCAGGUGCGAAUCCUCAAACUAAUUUCCUUCCUGGCCAACCACCGCUGCCUAGCCAGCCACCACCACAGCAGCUGUAUCAGCAGGCUAGUUCACACUACAAUACACAAAGUACGACUCCAAUGGGAGUUGAUAGGUCAGCUCCCUGGGGACGGGCCCCAGAAGGUCCCACAUCUGGCUCUCAUUUCCCUGGACAAUUACCUGGGUUGCCCGGACAAAUGGCCCAAGGAAUUGGUGGUAUCCAGGCAGGCCAAGCACCUCUGACACCUGAGAUGGAAAAGAUGCUAGUCCAGCAAGUCCUGGGCAUGUCCGCUGAGCAGAUUAACAUGUUGCCUCCAGAACAACGGCAACAAGUUCUUCAACUACGAGACAUGCUACGCCAAUGAUAGAUCGUCAUUUUUUUUUUUGACAACAAUGAUAUAUCGUCAGUUGAGUGGGUAGAAAUGUUUCAGUUUAAUGCAGCAGAGAUCCUGACUGUGGGUGCCUUUUCGGUUUACCCAUUUGUAUCACCUGAUUGACACCCCGACUGCACCCUAUCUUGGAGAUGCGAUCGUAGAAUGCUAGCCAUUGUCGUCAUUUAUAGAAAUGCUUGGCCAAUGUGUUUUCCUAUGGACUCGCAGAAUGGCAUGUUUUGGUCCUGUUCUGCUCGCUUCAAUUUCAAGUCGUGUUAAACUCU